AUGCUAAGCUUUCUCCUUUGUUCUUCUCUAAGCAGCGAAAUUACAAUUGACCCAGGAAUGUCUACAGUCGAAGUAUCAUAUUAUUUAACCACAAUAAAAUUUAGUACUCGGGCCACUUAUGUUUGCAUAUUAAAUCCGAAAGAAUUUGUAGAUGUAGAUCUCAAUCAAAUAAAAUCAGUAUAUGAAGAUAUAAAUUCAUUGGAUAUGAGAGCAGAUCAUAAAGAAACAGCGACUUUAUAUAUAUUUUAUAUUACAGAGUAUUCAUCCGGAUUAACAUUUGUCGUUCUUUCAGGAAAGACUGAAGCUAAACUGAUGAAUUUUCCACGUUCUAACGGUAUGGUGAAUAAGGAUCUUAUAUUCUUAUCUUAUACAAAUUGCGACAUUGAAUACUUUGGAACAUAUUAUAAAUCUUCUAGUAGGUGUAUUGAUGAAUACAGUGUAUACUAUGAAGAAAAUGGCCAACUUAAAGAAACUGUCCCAACAAGAGACGAAGACUUCAAAACCAUUACAAAUACUAGAUAUGUAUGGGUAAGAGUAUAUAAAUGUCCAAAGAUUGCAAAUAGCAAUUAUGGGAUAAUUUUCAAACAAUUUUCAGAAAAUAAAAUUAAUGAGCCAGAUGGAUACAAGCCAGGUUCAUAUUCAUCGUCAGAUGGAGGAUCAAUUAUUGAUGUAGAUCAAAUUAUUCGAAAUGUAGUUGAAAAACCUAUUAUUAUCGACUAUGCUAGGACAAUAAUAUUAUUUGAUGAAAAAGUCUCAGUCACUUAUCAUACAUCUCCAACAUUAAGGAACGACUUUGAAAAAUAUCCUGUUGACUUUAAUUCUAUUAACAUUUAUCUUCACGAAGAAAACUAUACAUAUGAUAAUGUUUCAUUAAUAGUAGUUCCAAAUUAUUAUCCAAAAUUUACGAUUUUUGCUACACCUAUGGACAAAAAUUCAUUUUAUAAUUUAUUGAAUGAUGGAAAAUAUCAUGAUUCAGUCGAUAAUUAUUUUGCAGAUAAUCUCAAUAAUUUCAACCCUUCUCUAGGACAUAAUACAAUAUAUAUUCUUCCAGACCAACAAGUUACAAUUGUUAAACCAGAUAUUCCAAAAUUAUCUUUCAUUUUAGUUAACAAAGAAGAUUAUUUUGAUGAAAACAAUGCAAAAAUCGAAACUCAUAUCGAAAACCUUGAUCAUAAUAUUAUUAUUAAACCAUCAUCUCAAGUUCGAGUUUUUGAAUUCUAUUUACUUAACAUGACAGAUGUAGAUCAAUACAUAAUUUUAUACAAGAAGCUUAAUGAUACAAUAACACUUGAUCAUAGAUCAGUCGAUUACAAUGUCAAUUGCCUUGCAGUUUUCAGCUUGAAGGAUCCAUAUGAGGAAAAAUAUUAUGAUUUAUAUUCUAAUAUGGAUGACUAUUCAGAAUCCCACAAACUUUUAAGGUUUUGGAAGCUUCACUUUUCUCAAACAAAAACUAAUGAUUAUUUCCAAAUUAAACCAGUUACAAUAAAGGAAGAUACAUUACGUGAUAGUUACCAUGAACAAAGUAAAACUGUCGAUCACCUAAUUCUAACAAACGUACAAAAAAUAUCUUUUUCUAUGUCAAUAAAGUGCAAGUUAAAUUUAAACAAAUCAAUUCAUUGCCUUUAA